AUGUCCAAGCCGGUGGAUCACGUCAAGCUGCCGGUGAACGCCUUCAUGGUUUGGUCGCCGGCUCAGCGGCUCAAGAUGGCCCAGGAGAACCCCAAGAUGCACAACUCGGAGAUCAGCAAGCGCCUGGGCGCCGAGUGGAAGCUGCUCACGGAGUCGGAGAAGCGGCCGUUCAUCGACGAGGCGAAGCGUCUGUGCGCCAUGCACAUGAAGGAGCACCCCGACUACAAGUACUGGCCGCGGCGCAAGCCCAAGACGCUGCUCAAGAAGGACAAGUUCGCCUUCCCAGUGCCCUACGGCCUGGGCGGCGUGGCCGACGCCGAGCACCCGGCGCUCAAGGCCGGCGCAGGGGUGCACGCGGGUGCGGGCGGCGGCCUGGUGCCCGAGUCCCUGCUCGUCAACCCUGAGAAGGCGGCCGCCGCCGCCGCAGCCGCCGGCAGCCCCUACUCGCUGCUAGACCUGGGCUCCAAGAUGGCAGAGAUCUCGUCGUCGUCGUCUGUCCUCCCGUACGUGUUGUUACUGGGCUACCCGACCGCGGGCGCCAGCGCCUUUCACAGCGCGGCGGCCGCGGCCGCUGGGGGGCACACGCACUCGCACCCCAGCCCGGGCAACCCGGGCUACAUGAUCCCGUGCAACUGCAGCGCGUGGCCCAGCCCCGGGUUGCAGCCGCCGCUCGCCUACAUCCUGCUGCCGGGCAUGCCCAAGCCUCAGAUGGACCCCUAA